CCAGACGCGGCGUAGUAGAAGAAGAAUUUGGCCUCAACCUAUUCGCCGGCCACCGGUGGCAAAAUUUCUCCCUGGUCCUCCACGGCUCUUAAGCGGCACCACUGGAGAGAUGAGCUACCCUGGUAGCAACCCGCCUCAGGAUGGCUACCCCCCAUCGCGGCCUGGGGGCAGCUAUGCCAGCGGCUCUAGUACUUACUCCCCACCAUCUAGCGUAAGAGCCCCGGGUUACCCCUCAUCCCCAGAAGUCGGAUACGCUUCACCAGGAGGCUACGGGCAAAGUUCAGUCGGCGGUAUGCCACAACCGGGCGGUAUGCCACAACCCGGAGGCAUGCUGGAGCAGUAUGACGGCUAUCCGCCCUACGGCCAAUCGUCGAGUGACCGUUCAGCGUACGGGCAACGUUCGGGCGGGGGUAUGCCGCAGCCCGGAGGCAUGCCCCAGCCGGACGGCGGCUAUCCGCCCUACGGCCAAUCGUCGAGUGACCGUUCACCGUACGGGCAACGUUCGGGCGGGGGUAUGCCGCAGCCCGGAGGCAUGCCCGAGCCGGACGGCGGCUAUCCACCGUACGGGCAACUUUCACCACCACUACCGCCACUGUGUGGAGCCCAGCCGAUGCGGCGUUCGUCUGGCGAAUACGGCACGCUGCCGUACAGAUCAACGCCAGCAUCCAGCCCAUAUCCUCCAGCUCCCCAAGGCAGCUACGGUGGACAAGGGGGCCGCUACGGCACUGACAGAGACCUCGGUUACGGCGGUGGGCGGGAAAGUGGCUACGCCAUCGAUCGGGUUAGUGGAUAUGGCAGCGAGAGAGGCGGCAAUUACGAUGGUGGCCAGGGUUGUAGCUAUGGUGGAGCCAGCACAAGUUACGACCGAGGACGGUCUUCCAGCUACAACGCAAGAUCCGGCUUGACGGGAGGCGGCUACAGAUACUGCCAAGGAACGCUGAGGCCGUACCCAAACUUCGAUGCAAGGAAGGACGCUCAGGCACUGAGGAAGGCGAUGAAAGGAUGGGGCACUGACGAAGACACCCUUAUCAAUAUCCUAUGCUCACGGCCAUCAUCCCAGAGGCUUGAGAUUGUCAGCACAUACAAGCAGAUGUUAGGCCGAGACCUGGUCAAUGACAUCAAAUCUGAGCUUUCCGGAAAUUUCAAGUCGGUAAUGGUGGGCCUGCUGUUCCCGAUGCACGAGUACCUGGCCCGCGAGCUGCGCAGCGCCAUGAAGGGUAUCGGCACCGACGAGGACUGCCUCGUGGAGAUCCUGUGCACGCGAAGCAACGACGAUAUCAGGAGGAUCAAAGAGUGCUUCCACCAGGUUUUCGGGAGAGAUCUCGAGGCGGACAUCAGAAGUGAAACGUCGGGCCACUUCCGAAGACUCUUGGUCUCCAUGUGCAACGCGAAUCGCGAGGAAGACGUCACUCCGGACCCCGGCAGAGCGAGGAACGACGCUCACCUCUUGCAGCAAGCGGGCAUCCAGCGCUGGGGCACCGAUGAGUCGAUGUUCAACCAGAUCCUGGCUAGCCAGAGCUACGAACAGCUGCUACUCGUAUUUCGCGAGUACAACGUCCUUACGAACCAGACCAUCAUCGAGUCCAUCUCGAAGGAGAUGAGCGGAGAUCUGCGCAGGGGCUUGCUCGCCAUAGUGAAGUGCGUCUACAACAUCCCGUCCUAUUUCGCCGAGAAGCUCUACAAGACAAUGAAAGGCCUCGGAACCAGCGACAAGGCGCUCAUUAGGAUAGUCGUGUCCCGGUGUGAAGUUGACAUGGUCCAAAUCAAGGAGGAGUUCACCAGAAACUACAAGUCGCCGCUGGACAGCUUCAUAAGGAGUGACACCUCGGGAGACUACAGGAAAGCGCUUCUUGCCCUCGUCAAUGGAAACUGAUUGCAUAACGUUCGUACCAGGAAUCUGCGGAGAAUCCGGUGUCUUCGUGUGGCAACAGGCUACGCCAGCGCAUUGGGAACGCUAAAAUUUUAACUUUAAAGAGCAUAUUUGUGCGAUGCAGUAGCACAAAAAGCAGCCCUUGAAGAAAAUGGCGGUAGACCUUAAU